AUGUCUCGUAGUAUGCCGGAAGCUGUGGCGUGGACGACGAGCGGUGAUGCCAAGUUGGGGCUGCGUGAUGUGCAGGCCGAGGGUGUGCAUGAACAGGCGCGCGCGAACUGGGAGCCAUACGACUUCAACGGCGGCACUGUGCUGGCCAUCGCGGGCGAGGAUUUUGUGGUUGUUGCUGGCGACACACGACUGAGCACGGGCUACUCGAUCCUCAGUCGCGAUGAGAGCAAGCUGCACGAGCUGACGCCCACGACGGUGCUGGGAUGCCCCGGCUCGCACAAUGACAUUAUCCAACUACGCGGUGUGCUGAGCAUCCGUGCGCAAAUGUACCAGCACGACAAUGAGACGUCCAUGACUUCGAGCGCCAUGUCGCAGCUGCUGAUGAACACACUCUACUCGCGUCGCUUCUUCCCGUACUACGCCUUCUGCAUCCUGUGCGGUAUCGACGAGAACGGCAAGGGCGUUGUGUACACGUACGACGCCAUUGGCUCAUACGAUCGCGUCACGCGCGCGGCUCAGGGCAGCGGAGGUCACUUGAUGAUCCCGCUUCUGGACAAUUUGGUGGAGCACGAUACCCGCACGGACCCGAAGAAGGCGCUCACACUGCAGGAGACCAAGGACAUCAUCAAGGACGCGUUCAUUACGGCUGGAGAAAGAGAUAUUUACACGGGCGACAGCGUGGAGAUCUUGACAAUCAAGGCUUCGGGUAUUGACAGGGAGAUGUUCGCACUCAAGAAGGACUAG